UCUAGAUGGUCACGUCUGACGACACUGAGGCGGAAGCCGGAAGAAAAACAACAACCAGUUUGUUUCUUCUUCUUUUUUUAAAAGAGCACUACUAUAUACAAUGGACGUGGUGGAGACCAAACUCCCAGGGUCCCCUGGGCCCAAAGGUAUACAUGGGGACCAAGUAACGCAGACCCUGAGGGGGGUGAAGCAGGAGGACUGUGGGCCCCUAACAACACCCCUAACAAUGUACAUGAGUUUUGCCCAUGUGAAAACAGAAGAAGAGGAGGAAGAGAUAUGGGGUGUGGCUCACCCAAGUACAGGGUUCUUCAACGUCAAGAAGGAGGAAGAGGAAGAAGCCAUAAUAUAUCCUACACAGCCUAAUGACAACCCAAGCCCCACUUCUGACAUUACCAGCCACAGUUCUGACGACUCCAGCCCUGACAAUGGCCCUAGAGCCACCCCUGACAAGAACAACCCCCGCCAUAACAAUGACCCCAGGUCUGGCCCUGUCAGUGGAGGGGCAUCGGACAAGGACCCUGCAUCCAGAGAGGAAGAUGAGGAGAGGAGCCCCCAGAUCUCAGCAAACCCAGGGACUAAGCCCAACAAGACCAAAGGCGGUCAUCAGAGGCCGUUCCCCUGCUCUAGGUGUGGGAAGCGUUUAUCCACUACUGUUAGCUUAGACAAACACCAAGUCAUCCACACCCGACUGAGACCGUACCCCUGCUCCGUACCGGCCUGCGCCAAGAGGUUCUGCUCACCAGCCGAGCUGAAGAGACACACACUCACACACACAGGAGAGAGACCCUUCCCCUGUCCAGACUGUGACAAGAGCUUCACCAUACUGGCUGCUUUAAAGACCCACCAGAGAACACACACAGGAGAGAGACCUUACGUCUGUGAGGUGUGUGGGAAGGGCUUCGCCCAAACGGGGAACCUGAAAUCCCACGAGCGCAGGCACACCGGAGAGAGACCGUUCUCCUGCUCCUUCUGUGGGAAGACCUUUGUAGAGUCUGGCCAUCUGAAGAAGCACCAGCGUAUCCAUACAGGAGAGAAGCCGUACCACUGCAGCAGCUGCCCCAUGAAGUUCCCUUCCUCCAGCGAGCUCAGGGUCCAUGAGAAGAUCCACAGCCAGGAGAAACCUCACAGCUGUUCCUACUGUGACAAGGCAUUUAAACAGCUGUCCAACCUCAAGCUCCACCAGAGAAUACACUCUGACCAGAAGCCUUACGCCUGCUCCUACUGCGACAAGACCUUCCGUGCUCAGGGGACCUUAAAGGUGCACCUGAGGACUCACACAGGAGAGAGGCCUUACCCCUGCUCCGACUGUGACAAGCGGUUCAUCACGUCCUCAGAGUUGAAGGUGCACCAGAGGAUUCACACGGGAGAGAAGCCCUUCUACUGCUACGACUGUGGGAAGAGUUACUAUCAGCUGAAGCAGCUGAAGGAACAUAUGAAGUUCAACCCGGACCACAGCACCACACGUAGCGGACUCAGUAACAUAGAGGACGAGGACAAGCUCUACUCUACGUCACGUGAUGAUGUAACGAUGUCUUGAUUUUUGUUUUGUUUUUUUGACUAGUAACAGACAUUACAUUUUUUUAUUUUUUUAUUUUAUUUAACUAGGCAAGUCAGUUAAGAACAAAUUCUUAUUUAUAAUGACGACCCACCCCGGCCAAACCUGGACGACGCUUGGACGACGCUGGGCCAAUUGUGCGCCGCACUAUGGGACUCCCAGUCACGGCCGGAUGUGAUACAGCCUGGAUUCAAACCAGGGACUGUAGUGACGCCUCUUGCACUGAAAUGCAGUGCCUUAGACCGCUGUGCCACUCAGAAGCCCCCUCAAAUAUAUAUAUAUGAUAAAUAUAUAUAUAUAUAUAUAUAUAUAUAUAUAUAUAUAUAUUUAUCAUCCUCGGGGAUGCCACAUCAUUGGAAAGAGAGAUAGAACAUUACUUUGCUAGCACUCUACUCGUUCCGUGAUGACGUCACAAUGUCAACAUGUCUAUUAGAAUGUUCUGUCGUUGUACUGAGCAGACACAAGGUCAACGCUCUGUUUAAGAUGUCCACAAAAUGGUCAUUUUGAUAUAAAUGUUGUUGUUUUUAAAAAACAUUUUUUAGGUUGUUUAGAAACUGACAUUACAUUGAAAGACACAUUUUACUACGUUUCCAUUAUAGUUUUUUUGUGUGUGAAGUCAUACUGUAUAAACCAAAAAAAGAAUGAUAGCUGUUUAGUUAUUGAUACCAUUUUAUAAAUGCCGACAGAUAAUUUGUGCGUCGACAUGAUGGGAUCUUUUUGUGUCGGUCAAAUUAUUUAUGCGAGAAAUGGCGCUGGAAACGCCUUAUGUGCAAAUAUUGAUAUUAUAAUACCCAUCAUAUCGAAGUAAAUUUGGAGUCACUCACGCGAUGACGUGGUGUGUGGUCCUCCCCUACGACUCGUCGGGGAAAGCAAGCAGUUUAUUAGGCUACAGAUGAAAUACGUAGAAAUCAUGAACUUCUCAGGGUGGUGAAAGUGCACGGUGAUCUUGAUGCUCCUUUCCAAUAAAUGUCGAGGGUCUUAUUCUGGUGAUAUGAUAAUCGAUGAUUGAUUGCCUUUUGACAAAUCAAAAUAUUCUCGCUCUUAUCCAUAAUCACAUACUUUAUUGUAGACUAACCUACCCAAACUCUCUCUGUGAGCUGCUGGAUCGAGAGCACGUGCCAAAACCAGACUAGGAACAUUUGCUAUUUAACGCAACAGUUUUUGUGACAAAACUAUCCGUAGUGUUGAAAAUGCAACGGAAACACAUUGAAAAAAUGUAUUCGGUACAUGAAAUCUAAAGUGGGAAAAGUACGUUCACUACGUCAUCACGCACCGAUUUUUUUUGUUGUUGCGACAAUUCAGUUUGGCGGAAACACCACUGGUGGGAAUAUGCACAUAUUUUAUGUAUGCUAAUUCUAGAAUAUUAACAUGGAAAUCUGUCGCCAAUUGGAAUGUAAACCUAGUUUAUGAUGGGAAUUGUUUCUCUUGGACAAAUCUGUUGGCAAUCAUGUUUGUGUAAAGGUUACCGUUAAACCAUAUUUGUCAAUACAGUAUAAUUAAUCAAUGAAGAUAAGUCAUGAAACGAAACAACAUCUUUCACUUUAUCUGUUAAAGUGGUGUACCUAGUAACUACAGCCAUGUUUUGGAUGGGGGUUACACACCUCAAAACCAGUGGAGGCUGGUGGGAGGAGCUAUAGGAAGACUGGGUCAUUGGAAUGUCUGAAAUGGAACGAUAUCAAACAAUACAUAUGUAAACCACGUUUUGGCUCCAUUCCAUGUCAAUCCUUUCCAGCCAUUACAACGAGCCCGUCCUCCUAUAGAUCCUCCACUGCUCAAUAGAGUGGUUUUGCUCCGCCUCCAGUUCCAAUGCCAGAUCUGCUUUUGAAAGGCUUCAAAGCGGAUAUCAAGACGUGACAAUGUGGAAAACUGUUAUGCUACCAGACGUUAGCAUGUGCUUUGAGCUCAGCUACAAAAUAAAGACAUAAAUCAGAUGUUUUGCUACCA